UCCCCCUGUCCUUCUAGCCAAACGUGCAGCCUGCAGUGGGGACAACCGAGCCAUGGCAGCCCUGCUGAGAUCGGCUCGUUGGUUCCUCCGUGCCGGGGCGGCCCCGCGAUUCCCGAUUUCCCUGCGCCUCCUCGCUGGCGGCCCGGGCCGGCCGCACGCUGCCCUCCGUCAGCCCGCCGCUCGUGCUGGGCCUGUCGCCGGAGGGCUACUGAGCCAAGAGAGGCUGUAUGCCAUUGCUGCUGAGAAAAACUAUCUCCAAGAGGAGCCCACUUCUUUUCAAAAAAGGAAUGCUAGUCAAUUUGAUUGGGCUCUGAUGAGACUAGACAAUUCUGUCCGAAGAACUGGCCGCAUCCCAAAGACUCUUCUACAAAAAGUCUUUGAUAACACCUGUACCUCAGGUUGCCCAGGUGGUAACCAAGCCUUGCUUCUGCUGCGCAGCUGUGGCUCUCUCUUGCCUGAACUGAAGCUCUCAGAGAGAACAGAAUUGGCUCACAGGAUAUGGGACAGACUUCAAAAAUUGGGAACUGUGUAUGAUGUAAGUCACUAUAAUGCUUUACUUAAAGUCUACCUUCAAAAUGAAUAUAAAUUUUCACCAACUGACUUCUUGGCAAAAAUGGAGGAAGCAAACAUUCAACCAAAUCGAGUGACAUACCAAAGGUUGAUUGCUGCUUAUUGUAACAUGGGAGAUAUCGAAGGUGCCAGCAAGAUUCUUGGAUUUAUGAAAACUAAGGAUCUUCCAGUCACAGAGGCAGUGUUCAGUGCGCUUGUUACCGGACACGCAAGAGCUGGAGAUAUGGAGAAUGCAGAGAACAUUCUCACGGUGAUGCGAGAGGCCGGAAUUGAGCCUGGCCCAGACACGUACCUAGCCUUACUGAAUGCAUAUGCUGCGAAGGGUGACAUCGACCAUGUUAAGCAGACUCUGGAGAAAGUGGAGAAGUCAGAUCUUUACCUGAUGGACCGUGAUUUAUUGCAACUUAUCUUCAGCUUCAGUAAAGCUGGGUAUCCUCAGUACGUCCCAGAAAUUUUGGAAAAAAUUACAUAUGAAAGAAGAUAUAUUCCAGAUGCAAUGAACCUUAUUUUGCUUUUAAUCACUGAAAAAUUGGAAGAUACAGCCUUGCAAGUUCUGUUAGCAUGUCCUAUAUCAAGGGAAGAUGGUCUGAGUGACUUCGGCAGUUUCUUUUUACGACACUGUGUGACUAUGAAUACGCCUGCAGAGAAGCUGAAGGACUACUGUAAGAAGUUAAAGGAAGCCCGGAUGCACACGUCUCCUUUACAGUUCACACUCCAGUGUGCUUUACUGGCCAAUGAAGCCGAUUUGGCAAAAGCUCUAAUGAAGGCUCUGAAGGAAGAUGGUUUUCCUGUCAGAACUCAUUAUUUCUGGCCGUUGCUAGUUGGACAUCAGAAGGAGAAAAAUGUUCAAGGUGUAGUUGAAGUCCUCAAAGGAAUGCAUGAAAUGGGAGUGAAUCCUGAUCAAGAGACAUAUGUAAAUUACGUGUUUCCAUCCUUUGAUAGUAUAAAGUCAGCUCGUGCUAUUUUGCAGGAAAAUGGAUGUCUGCCUGAAAGUAAUAUAUUUUCUCAAGCUGAAUUGAGAAGUGAAGCAGUAAAUGGGAACUUAGACUUUGUUUUAUCAUUUUUGGAAUCAAAUACAUUGUCUUUCUCAUUUGCUGCUUUGCGAGGCAGCCUGAUUCUAGGCUUUAGGAGGAGUAUGAAUAUAAAUCUUUGGAGCAAGAUAACAGAACUGUUGUACAAGGAUGGACGUUAUUGCCAGGAGCCUCCAGGACCAACGGAAGCUGUUGGCUAUUUUCUUUAUAACUUGAUUGACAGCAUGAGUGACUCAGAGGUACAGGCCAAGGAGGAGCAUUUGAGACAAUACUUCCAUCAGCUGAAGGAGAUGAAUGUAAAAAUUUCUGAAAAUAUCUACAGAGGCAUUCGUAAUCUACUGGAUAGCUACCACGUUCCUGAAUUGAUUAAGGAUGUUAAUAUGUUGGUUGAAAGAGAGAAGACAGACUCUCGAAAACUUACAUCAUCUGAUUUGGAGUCAACACUUGAAAAACUAAAAGCUGAAAAUCAACCUAUUAGAGAUGUCCUAAAGCAGCUCAUAUUAACGCUUUGUUCAGAAGAGAACAUGCAAAAAGCUCUUGAAUUGAAAGCAAAAUAUGAAUCGGACAUGGCUGUUGGUGGCUAUGCAGCUUUAAUAAAUUUGUGCUGUCGACAUGAUAAUGCAGAAGAUGCAUUGAACCUAAAACAAGAAUUUGACCGUUUAGAUUCAUCUGCUGUCCUUGACACCAACAAGUAUGUGGGCCUUGUAAAAGUAUUGGGAAAACAUGGCAAGCUCCAAGAUGCUAUUAACAUUCUAAAGGAAAUGAAAGAGAAGGAUGUCCUUAUCAAAGAUGCAACAGUCUUGUCCUUUUUUCACAUCCUAAAUGGCGCAGCUUUAAGAGGUGAAACUGAAACAGUAAAACAGUUGCAUGAAGCCAUCGUGACUCUAGGGUUAACGAAACCAUCCACCGCCAUAAGUUCCCCAUUGGUCACUUUGUAUCUGGAAAAGGACGAUUUACCUGCUGCUCUUGACGCCGCCUUUGACUGCUAUGAAAAGUAUAAAAUAUUACCGAGGAUUCAUGAUGUCUUAUGUAAGCUGAUAGAGAAAGGCGAGACUGAUCUAAUUCAGAAAGCAAUGGACUUUGUGAGCCAAGAGCAAGGUGAAAUGACAAUGCUCUAUGAUCUCUUCUUUGCCUUCCUACAAACAGGAAAUUACAAAGAGGCCAAGAAGAUCAUUGAGACUCCAGGCAUUAGAGCUCGACCGACAAGACUUCAGUGGUUUUGUGAUAGAUGCAUUUCAAGUAAUCAGGUUGAAACUCUAGAGAAGUUAGUGGAGCUGACACAGAAGCUAUUUGAAUGUGAUAGAGACCAGCUGUACUACAAUCUGCUGAAACUGUAUAAACUAAAUGGCGACUGGCAAAGAGCUGAUGCUGUCUGGAAUAAAAUGCAAGAAGAAAAUAUAAUUCCUCGUGGGAAGACAUUAAGAUUAUUAGCAGAAAUCCUAAGAAACAAUAAUCAGGAGGUUCCGUUUGAUGUCCCUGAGUUGUGGUAUGAGGAUGAAAAACAUUCCCUGAAUUCUUCAGCAUCCUCACCUGUAGAAACUAACAUCCAGAAAGAGCUAUUGAAUGCCUGCCAAUCGAAGAAAAGUAAAGAUGCAUACACUAUUUUCUUGAAAGCACAAAAGCAAAACGUUGUGUUUAACAGUGAAAGUUACAUCAGUCUUAUAAAGUUACUGUUGGUGAAGGAUAGCUUUCCACAAGCAAUGCAAGUAAAAGAUUUCGCGGAGACCCACAUCAAGGGCUUCACACUGAACGACGCUGCCAACAGCCUCCUCAUCAUAACGCAAGUUAGGCGGGAUUAUUUGAAAGAGGCUCUAAAAACGCUAAAAACGGCCUUGGAUCUGAAGCAGACACCGUCUAGGAUAGCAGUGACCCGUGUGAUUCAGGCAUGCGCCUUGAAGGGUGAUUUAGAAAGCAUACAGGCGAUUCAGAAGAUGGUAAAUGGACUCGAAGAUUCAAUUGGACUUUCAAACAUGGUUUUCAUCAAUAACAUUGCUUUGGCACAAAUAAAGAACAAUAACAUAGAUGUUGCAAUAGAAAACAUUGAAAAUAUGCUUACUUCGGGGAAUCAAACCAUGGAACCCCAGUACUUUGGCUUGGCGUACUUAUUCCGAAAAGUAAUAGAGGAGCAGUUGGAACCAGCAGUUGAAAAGAUAAGCAUCAUGGCAGAGAGAUUGGCCAAUCAGUUUGCAGUUUACAAACCCGUCACUGACCUUUUCCUUCAGUUUGUGGACUCAGGCAAGGUGGACGAUGCCAGAGCUCUUCUACAGAGAUGUGGUGCAAUUGCUGAACAAACCCCAAUUUUCUUGGUGUUCUGUAUCAGGAGUUCUCGGAGACCGGGAAAGUCGCCGGCAUUGAAAUCUUUGUUAGAAUUGAUUCCUGAAUUAACUGAAAAGGAAGAAGCAUACAGUUCCAUCAUGAAAAGUUAUGUUUUGGACAAUGAUGUCUCCUCUGCCAAAGCACUGUAUGAAAAUUUGACUGCAAAGAAUAUAAAAUUGGAUGACCUGUUUCUGAAACGUUACGCAGUUUUGCUAAAGAAUGCUGGGGAGUCCGUCCCUUUCGUUGAGCCCCCUGAAAGCUUUGAAUUUUAUGCAAAGCAGCUAAAGGAAUUAAGGGAAAGCCCUUUGUGAAACAAGCAGGCACUACUUUGUCUUGUGUGUAUUUGCGAUUCUGUGUCUAAAAUGUAUUUUUUAAACGUGUUUGAGAGGACAAAAAUAAAUAAAUGGAAAGUUACUCUGUUUACGCAUUUGUAUUAAUUUGUAAUGCAGUGUAUGGUAUGUUCAGCAUCUUCUUGGCAAUCACUGUGCACUUAGUCACCAGACUUUUCUUUCGUACCUAUAGUAGGAGACUAUGGCGUUUUCUUCGAGGCUCCUGAUGUAUGAAGCCGUCAUUUUUCAGGGUUCUUCUCCUAGUUGACUUUUCAGGUCCCAUACUCUAUUUAUUAUUUUCAUAGAGAGGUUGUUCUUUUAAUUAAGACUUGCUUGUUAGUAUUGUUUAUCUGAAAAGUUUUGGAACUGGACAAAAUGACAUUUAGUGAGCUUUCUAAUGGCUAAUAUUCGAUGAUAUAUCAAUUCUUUACAUGUGUGAAGCCCUGCCUAAUUUUCGAAUUUUGUAAAAUGUUGGCACUAGAAGGCAUCGUACGAGUCAUCAAAUCCAGUGCUCAGCAUUUUCCAGCAAGAAGCAGAGACCCAGAGAGGCUCGUUUGCCCUUGUCGGGGUGCUAGUCCAGUGACGUGUGCCUCCCUUCUAGCACAGGGGCUCCAUGAGCCUCUGUUCAUAGGAACUCUAAACCUGAGCCUGAGUCAUGACUUUAAUCAUGGAGUGGAGCGAUGCAUUUCCUCUCGUUUUGGUUUCCGGUCUUUGUCAGCACAAGCUACACCCUACACUGGGCUUGUUACUUUAUUCUCAUAUCCUGUGAAUAUGUAAUUUGAUACAUGAAGGAGUGAAAUCUUGGUUUGUGUUCAGUUUUAUCAAACCUAUCCCCAAAUUGGCUUUCAUGCCUGUUAAUACCUACUUUGUAAGUAGUUACUAUGAAAGAUUUGAAGAUGGUAGUCAAAACACUUUGCCAUUACAAAGGUAUCUUAAUAUGUGAUAUUGACCUUUUUGGAGAUUAGGUGAUUUAAUUACAACAAGUUGAAAAUGUUUGAUUUGAGAGUUAUCCCCUUUUUGACAUAUUCCUUGUCCAUUUGAAAUCAGUGACUACCUACUGUUCUGGUUUCAGUGACAACUUAUUUGGUUCCCCCUGUUUACAUGAGGGUGACCUUGUCUUAGGGAGGGAAGUAAGCCGGUGCCAUGCUGUUUAUGCUGCUAACCCGUAUCUUGUGGGACCAGCCAUCCUGCAUCUAGAACCUACAGAUGGCAUGAGAGGAAGGGAUGAUGGAGGGAAGCCAAGAAAUAAAUGUUAUGGCAUUGGCUAUGCUUCAUCUGUUUUUAUAGAGUUAGAUCCAAGGAAUCGGGGCUUGGCCAGUGCUGAGUCCCAGCCUAGAGGACGUAAGGAAGCUUUCCUCUGCAUUCCUCAGGUGGGGGACCUGUCUGUGUUGUCGUUUUGAUACUGUCUGCCAUGAGCCUCACUCCAUUAGUGAUUCAGCUGACACGGGCCUUAGUUUUUGCAGCUCUACUAACCACAAGUUAGUUAAGUUUUAUUAACGGUCAUUAAAAUAGGUCUCCAAAAUGAGCCAUAACCUUGGGGUAUAAUUUGGACUUCCCAGUCAUCUUUGGGGAAACAGAGUACAGUCUCAAUUGCACGAAGUGACUCCCAGCCAGCCCUGUAUAUUGACUCUGGUGAAAUGUGGGUGUAGUGUGGAGGAAAUAGGCACAAUCCUUCCUCUAGCGUUCUGAACAGCAGGCUGGGGCCAUUAAAUAUAUUACGUGUAUGAACAAAGAACUAUCAUGCCAUAUAUACGUAUGUGUGUGUGUGUGUGUGUGUGUGUGUGUGUGUGUGUAUCUUUAGCACUGAAUUGGCUUUCUUUUGAAUAUAGAUAUCUAAAAUGUAAUAAUUGUAAAUUCUAGAUGGGCUAUGAAUGCUUUCUAAAUAGAUAACAGUGAAUUUGAAAUAAA